AUGGUGGCCUCAAGGGCCUGGCUCCUCUGCCUGCUGCUGCUGGGCCUGGGACUGCGGGCCGCCACCAGCCGUGCCCAGCAGCACUCCAUGGAGGUCCGCACCCCAGACAUCAACCCUGCCUGGUACGCGGGCCGCGGCAUCCGGCCUGUGGGCCGCUUCGGUCGGAGCAGGACAGCACUGCUCGGGGUCCCCGGGCCUGGCCCUCGAUGCCAGCUGACCUGCCACUGGCCGCCAGGUGGCCCUGAGUCCCCCCGGGACAGGAGCUGGACGCGCUCCUGA